AUGGUUCCGGCCGGCAGCCACCAACGGCCGCAGCGGCCUCCCUUGAUCUACGUGACCCGCUUCGCCUCGCACCGCGGUGGCGUGUGGCAGUUGAGGGACCCCCGAGGUCUCCGCCAUCAAGGCCCAGGGCUCGGGGCCUGCUCCGUCGUGGAGCGAGCGGCCGCGGAGAGUGGGUCCCCGGGACGAGAGCUGCCCACCGGCACCCAGGCCCAGGUCGCCGCCAUCCCCGACUCCACCUCUUUCCAGCUGCGGAGGUCGAGAGCGCCGACGGCGCCCAGGGGCCUGGAGCAAGCGGCGCGAGCAGGUUUAAAGCAGAAAACUGUAGCUGAAGAGUUUGAUUUCCCCAUACCACUGAAUGAGUCCUCCAAAACAAUGAAGGAAAUGAAAAAGGUCUUAGCGUGGAAAAAAGUUAGCAAAGUCAUUUCCAGAAUGAUUGCAGAAAAUGAAAACUACAGACACAGACUGAAGUGCCAAAAUUUAUCUAGUGAAAUUGGAGUUAGUACAAGAUGAAUGUGAAUCUUCCUGUCUUCUCUGCUUCAACUUAAUCAUUUUGUGAUAUUCCAACAACCUUGGUUUUGUGGUUGUAUGUUCUUCAAGUGACUAGUAAAUUCACCUGCUUCCAGUUGAAAGACGUACCUGGGCAAAUGGCUAGGCCUUGCAUGCAUACACAGUCCACAGUUUCCUUGCACCAUCCAACUUCUUUGGACAGUGCUGAGUAAAGUUUCAUGCUGCUAAAUCCCUCAGUGAAGUGUCAAAUGUUAGUUCUCACAACUACAUUACCAAA